AUGGCUAUCAACCACAAUUUCGAAUCGCUACAAGAUCCAAGUAUUCAAAGCCUCGCUGACCUUAUUAAUCUUGAUGGUUCUCUGCCGAAUAAUAAAAAUAGUUUCAAAUAUUCGGUGUAUAAUCCCUGCCACUACCCCCGAAUGGCAAAUGAGAUAAUGGAAAAAUUAUUUGCCUCCCAGAAAAGCAAAUUAUCAGAAUUAAUCACCGAAUUGGAAAAAGAAGAGGCUUCUUUAAUCACCAGUGCCCAGCAAGAAGUAAAGAACACAAUAGACAGUUGUAGAAACAACCCCCACCAAACCGACAUGGAAAAAAAGGAGACUAAUAUAGUUUGUGAGAUUUUUGAGAAAAUUCCGGCUUGUGCUUUAAAUUUAUUAGUUUUGAUUAAAAUUAAACCCGAAUACUUUCCGCAAAGUUAUAUCUCUUUUGAGCAAAUGCUAAAUGAUUUUAACCGGGAGGACGGAGGAAGAUAUUAUGGUCAAGAUGAGAUAAAAGGAUAUUUUUCGGAAGCCUUGCAGGAAUUAGAAAAAUUGGUAAAAAAGACUAAAAAAAAGAAGGAGGAACCCAUGGAGUCCCCUCAGCCGACACCAGCCAAUCAAGACCAGCCAGAGGAGGAAAAAAAAGAUACUCCUACUAAUUCGGGCGAAAACCCCGCCACCCCAAAUAGUCCAAAGGAUCAAACCCCGAAGGAAACUAACGAACCUCCCCCUAAUUUGGCUAAUUUACAAGCCCUUAAAGACCAAACUAUCUCUGAAAUUACCGCGGCUCUCAACCAAAUUCCUCCCCUAACUAAUUCCGAUUUACCCUCGGAAUACCAGGACUGA